GAAGGAACCGGGGUCAGAGGCCUGUGGCCCUCAGCCAGCCUCUCCCGACGGGAGCCCGGCUGGUCCGCGGGACCCCGGCUGGGCACAGCUCCCGCCAGAAGGCGGUCCCAGCGGGUGCUGGUGGCACAGGGCCAGGCUGUGCCCCGUGUGGCUGCACCAAGAGGUGAGGAGGCCCGGUGUCUGGCAGCCCGGUCUCCCACAGGGCACGGAGGGCCAGCUCCUCGUCAAGGCUGUGACUCGCGUGGGGACAGGUUGUGUCCCCGGUGUCUGGGGCCGCCCCAGCUAGGGAAGGACAGCCCUGGGGAGGCUCCUCUGGGCCCUUCUGCUCCCCCACAGCUCCCUGGGGGGCCGCCGUCCCAGCCCCAGGAGUUUGGGGCAGGUUCUGGAGGCUGCGUGUCCCUGUGGUGCUGGGCGGCGGCUGGGCAGUGGGGGAGGGGGCCUGAAUGGGCCCAGGUCCCCUGCCAGGCGAGGUCUGGCGGCCUGACGGCAUCCUUGGGCUCCGGACAGCCCCUGCGCAGGUGGGGCCCCUCUGCGUGCAGUGCGCUGGGGCUGUGGGCUCACCAGGACCUCUGGGGGGAGCAGGGGCAGCCAUGGCCACUGCAGAGGGCCCCCAGAGGGCCCCCAGCUUCCCAGGGCGUGUGGCCACCCUGGCCUGCCCCCUGGACGUCCUCCCUCCCUGGGGACUUGUCUGUGGUGACAGGAGGGACCCGCCAGGACCCAGCCUCCCAGGCAGCUUCCCCCUUGCCCACUGGGGUGGUGCCGUCAGCCCUAGUCACACGCACCCACCUGGGGGCCACCCACACCCCCCGCCACCCGGACGCCUCAGUGCUUGGCUGGGUCUCCUCAAGCUGGACACACAGUCGUCCCCCAGGCCCUGCACGCGCAGAGUCCAGCCCCACCUGCCGCCUCCUCACCUGCCCCUGGGCCCCCGGGGGCUUCACCCAGGGCCGGGUCCAGUUGUCUCCUGGACACCGGCACACAGUAGGUGUGCAGAAAAUGAGCCUCUGCUGGCAGUUCUGUCCUCGGACCAGCGUUUGGGGUGGGGAGAGAAGGCCCCAAGCCCGAGGCCACCCACCCCUCUGUCCACCUUCCAGAGCUCCCGCCUGGCUGCCUGCUGCCCCCCUCCAACAGGGGGCCAACCCUCCCCGCUGGGUGGGAGACAGGCCUGGGCCCGCUGGCCCUCCGGCCCCGCUGGCCCUCCGGCCCCGCUCCUCCAGCAGCCCUGGCGCUGUGCGCUCAGUGGCUCUCCCGCCCUGUGAGCCUUGGGGGCCCCUGGGGGCGACUCGGGGGCUGGGGCGCCCUCGCAUGGGUGGGGGUGCAGCACCUACACUUGCCGCUGCCCUGAGGGGCCCGAGGGCUCGAGGGCCCGACCGCCGGUGGUAGGAGCGGCCCGGCGCCCCCUCCCAGCAGCAGGCGGAGCGGUCAGUUUGGGGGGUGUGGGCGUCAGCUCCCCCCGCACCAGCGCAUCCAGCUCCCGUGUCUGCGGAGGCCCGACAGGUCCUCGUGCCGCCCCCGCCCCGCCCGCCGCAGAUAUAAGGUGCCCGGCUGCUGCGGCGCCGAGCCCGACGCCUGACCCCAUCCCCAUGGCCCAGCCCUCGGCACUGGCCGCCGCCCUGGCGCUGAGCCUGCUGCUGCUGCCGUCCCCCGGCCGCGCCUGGUACAAGCCGGCGGCGGGGCCCCGCGCCCACUCGGUGGGCCGCGCCGCGGGGCUGCUGUCCGGCUUGCGCGGGUCCCCGUACGCGCGGCGCUCUGAGCCCCCGGGCCGGGCCGGCACUGCCGCGGAGCUGCGCCCCAGCCUACGGAGCCCGGCCGUGUGCGUCAAGGACGUGGCCCCCAACCUGCAGAGCUGCCAACGACUCCCCGACGGCCGCGCCACCUUCCAGUGCAAGGCGGACGUCUUCCUGUCGCUCCGCGCCGCCGACUGCCGCGGCGCUUGACGCCCGCGGUGUCCCCGCCUCCCGCAGUCCGGCUCGCACCCCUCGACCCCCAAGGAGAUGGCGUCGGGUACCGCCCACCCCGUCUCCACAGUAAACGGCUAAAUGAGGCAACGACACACCUGUGUGCGCGUGUGUGUGGUGGGGGGCACCACGGGAGGGGGCAGGGCCUGGGGGUCAGUCCCUGAAUCUGGCCGCACCCCGCCGGCUACGGAUCCCUCCGGGAGCACCCCGCACAGGCGCGGCCCGGGGCUCCAAUAGAGCGCUGCAAGCUUUCUGGG